CGGUUCUUACAGUGCGGAUCGUCACACAUUUUUUCUCUCUGUCGUGUUUCACUCUGUAUCAAUUUUUCUGUUAUUUAUUAUGAACUUUUUGAAUCGAUUCUUCGUGCCGUUCCUUACGACCUACCUGUAUGUGUGUACAGUUACUAAUCAUCAUCGUUCUAAAUAAUCAAUCAACUGCAACUCGUGUGUGUGUGUGUGUACUAACCUACCUACCUACUUAUAUUCAAGUCUAACUGUACUUUGUUGAUUUUCUGCUAUUCUAUCGUAUCCCUGCUAGUGCUCUUCCUCUUCCGAAGAAUCGAAAUUGUGCAGUUGAAAAAAAAAGCAAGGAAGCGAAAACAGUGCAUCCCGUCGUAGUGUGCAAAGUGCGAAUCUGUGAGUUUUUGGUUUUUGGAUUAACUGAAUUAACGGCGCCACCCGCAAAAGCAUAACAGGCCCAAAAGCCCCCAAUCCUCCCCCGCCCUUUUGGUUGGUUCGAUGUGCAUCUACGUUACUUCCGGUGGAACAACCCCCGGCCGGUCAGUUGCGGUCCGACUGUUUCCCGGUUCCGCAUCCGGUCCAUCGGUGGCCAGUGGCUAGAUCGUGACAGCCGAAUAAACUGAUGGAAUCUCGUGGUCUGUGGUCAUUUCCGGUGUUGUGUUCAGUGCGUACAUUGUGAUCUAACAUUUCCGUUACUUUGUUUGCUCGGUUUAGGACCACGAGAUGAAAGUUUUGCUACCGUCUACCAUCAAUACUGCUACUACUAUUACUACUAUUACAACAACAACAACAAAAACAACAGCUACUAUUACUACGAAUACUACCGCCACUACUGUUACUGUGUACUACUGAAACUAUCUCGGAUACGUAACUUUAUAACAUGUGCUAGGCGUGCGACAUCUUGGCCGAACUGUCCAACUGUGAACUAUGGAUUUCCGUUUCUGAGAUUUAAGUGUUGAAGUUUACUCUGUGCGUCUGUGCGUUUCGAGAAAGUUUGCAAGUGUUACUUUUCCGAAUAUAAGAAGAAGAAGAAGAAGAAAAAAAAAACUCCCAACAAUCACUACAACUACUGACUGUAUGAACUGCUCGCUGUGAGGCAAUUUUUCCGGUUUUUCCACCCGUCUGAUUGGCAGCAUCGGGGACUUUAUGCACUAGCGCAAACAAUAUUCGGAGCCCAAGAAUCGCCGUCCGGUUUCGGUGCGGCAAGGAAGAAAGUUUCUUUUUCGAUUCUCUUGGUAUCUGUGUCACGUCCGGAUAUAAAAUUUAUUCUACCCAAGCAACAACACCGCCGCCUACCGCCGUCUUUGCGACGAACGACGGGUGACUCUCACGCGAAAACCCGGAAAAGCCCCAAAAACGAGGAAAACUAUCGAUUUUCCUCCGGACCAAACCACGGCUCCUUCCACCGUGGCCGGCUGGUUGGCUACACACAGUUUUUCGGGCGGUUCGGUCUGCGUGAGUGUUUUUUUGUUGUUUCUUCAAAAAACGGGCUACAGAAGUAACUUUUUAUUAGCUCGGGGUGACCCCCGACUUGAGAUCGAAUCGAAAACAUGAAUUGACUUUUCGCGACCUGCUGCACAUUUCCGUUUUGGGGUUUUUUGUCCGCACCUCUGGGCACUCACUGUGUGAAACAAGCAAACAAACAAACGUACCUGAUAAAAUGCCCCGUUGUUUGAUGGCGAAAAAGUGGAAGGCUUACCCGUGGCCGGAUCGGGUCGACGAAUGCCAAAUAACAGGAAGUUCAUCAACUACAGCGACAACGGCAUCGUCGGGGACGACGACGGCGACGGCGGCGGCGGCGAUGACGACAACGACGGUUAGCCCAGCUCCAACGACACCUUCUCCACCGUUGGCACCAUCCGUAAUAGUCGAAGUUCUCGAAGAGGACGAAGAAAUUGAUGUCGUGGGAGAUUCGCCGGCGGCUGCCGCUACCAAGAAUUCCGCCGUCCCGGCCUCGGCCGGUACCGAACCUGGUGCCACUGCGACGGUGGCUGCCACCUGUUGGGGUCCUUCCUCGCCAACGGCUGGUGCGACGGCACCCAGUCCACCGCCCCAUUCGCCGGAAGCUGCCACCCGGGAUGCGUCCUCAACGAUGCUUUACAACGGAUACACACCGGACAUCUCGCACCACUUCACUGCUUUUCUGCCGAAAAUAGAACACGAUAGCGGCUACCAGCAAACACACUACAUACUGCCGCCGACGCCAACAUCUCCGCCUCGCUCACCUGGCGACGAUCCCCAGCGAAGUCCGUCACACGGUAGUCCAUCAGCUGUCAGGAAACAUCUAUUCACCAGCAGUUCCGGUACGGCGCUCUCACUGCCUCCCAAGAAGAAGGACAUCUACCGACCUUAUUCGCUGGACGACAGGCCUCGGAACUACGAAAUACGCAUCCCCGCGGAAGAGGACCUCCAUGCGGCUCACGCGAUACUGGACCUUAGUGCAUCGACGGCGUUUCAUCCGCCACCGGCUCCCCAUCAGCUCCUGCAACAUCAGCACCAGCAAUUCCUCGAAGAGGAGCGAGGACACACUGUUCCCAGUUCACUGGGUUCACCGGAGCAGAACGAGAACCGAAACAGCAUCAACACCCUGGAAGAUAAAAAGUCCGGCAAGACGAUAGCCUACACUUACGAGGCGUUCUUUGUGAGUGACGGGCGAUCAAAGAAGAAAGUCGCCGACCCGAAAACCGUUCUAGAGACCAAGGCCAAGUAUACCUGCACGGAGUGUGGCAAACAGUACGCUACCUCCAGUAACCUAUCGCGGCACAAACAAACGCACCGAAGUUUAGAUUCGCAGUCCGCCAAGAAGUGUAUGACCUGCGGUAAGGCGUACGUCUCGAUGCCGGCACUGGCAAUGCACGUUCUAACGCACAAACUGUCCCACAGCUGUGGAGUCUGUGGGAAACUGUUCUCUAGACCGUGGCUACUGCAAGGUCAUCUACGAUCACACACCGGCGAGAAACCGUACGGAUGUGCUCACUGCGGAAAGGCCUUCGCCGAUCGGUCCAAUCUGAGAGCCCACAUGCAGACCCACUCCAUAGAUAAGAACUACCAGUGCCAGCGUUGCCACAAAACGUUUGCGCUGAAAUCGUACCUCAACAAACACCUGGAAUCGGCAUGUUUCAAGGAUGACACCUGCAUGAGUCCACAGAUUCUGGGAUCGAACAACAACCUGGACAACAUCGAUAACAACAACAAACUGGUGAGUGCGGCUGCGUUGGUGGAUAAACUCGGGACAAAGUUGGUACUGAAGAAAGAGAACAACAACGAUGAAGCUAUAAAUCAAAACUUUGCCACCUUGGCAGCGGCUGCGGCGGCCAGCGGCACUGGUGCCGGGAGUAUACUGGUGAUGAAAAACGUUGCCAGCAGUUUGCUGGCGAAUAACAACAACCUCAACGGCAGCAGCGGCUCAUCGCAGGCGGCGGCUGUACUUAACAGUGCUGCCAUCUUGACGACCGGUGUCAGUCAUCCCACAGCGGCUGUCCACAUCAACGUCAACUUCAGUGGGUAACCAAUAGUGGAUGCGGCCGCCGCCACGUUGGCCGCCACCAAGGCGUAUCGUAUUAUUUUAAACUGAGCAAAGAAAAAGACAGGCGCACACGCGCACGGCAGCGGUUUGAGAACGUGUACGUGAAUUGAGUUCAGCUUUUUUUCGCUGUCCUCCUCUCACUCUGGCUCUGGGCAGCUGUGCUAGUGGUAGUAGUUUUCAAGUUAAAUCCAAAGCAUUGUAGAGAGUGAGAGAGAGAGCCGUUGUAAGUAGCAUUUCAUUUACUAAGCGGUUUCUAUCAUUUCCCCGUUUCCUAGCUCCUUCUUCUCUUGAACUCAUAAGAAUCUCAUCCUUUCGCGAUGUUAUACUUACAAUAGCGCGAGAGGCUGCAUUAUAUACACUUGCGACAUCCGAAGACGAAACAAACAAAAAGUAUUUACACAAACAAAACAAACAAACAAACAAAAAAAAAACUACCAAAAGCAUUAUACAAUUUUAACCAAAGUUUUAAACAAACCAAGCAAGCAAUCCCGAGAGCAAUUCAAUUCAAUUAAUCUAACACUACGAUUCAAUUAUGCGUUGACUGUCAGUGUGGCCCUAGGACGAUGGAGUCACUGGCCGCUGGCAGUCCUCCGUUCAGUACAUCUAUUGCGUAGGCUAUAUACCUUUCCUCGAAAUGUAUUUAUUAACCAAUUAUGAUUGUAAUUAGAGAACCUGUAGUCAUUAAACAACAACAACAACAAAAAACGCAGAAAAGAAAAUGAAAAGCAGAAAAAGAAAUUAUACUGCGACAACAACUGCGAUGAUGAUAAUGAUCCAAACAGAACAACCGAAAGUAAAGUGGAAUGAAAAAGCAAGGUUAUGUUUAACAAUUAGGAGGUUAAAAAAAGAAUCAAGACAAGCGAAACAAGUUAUCAAACCUUCAUAUAAUUAACUUCUGAACUCUCCGAGAAGUCUAGUCCCGACUCUUACAUAUUCCUGUUAUUAUUUUUUUUCUUCUUAUAAACUUCUUUGACUAUGCGGAUCCCAUGAGCCGGCGGAAGCCCUUAUCGCGAACUAGGCCGAAAGCAAGAACGCGCCAAGCGCCGCCCAACUUUGAGGUUAUCAGGAGCAGUGUCAAAUGUUUCCCGUCUCCGGUCGUCGCCGGAGUCGCGUAGGCGUUGCUCAACUUACCCUCUAACUCGUAGUUAGAGCAAGCAGGAGACUAGGAGCCAGCGAAACCACCGUGUUAUCACUGGUGAAAGAUCGAAACCUGACAGGAUGUCAACCUGGCAUUGCUGCAUCAGAAUCGUAAUCGUGUGGUUCGUGUGGUGCGAACCGGGAAGUGGGGGGACCGAGUGGAAAAAUGAAGAAAUAAAUACUACAACAAUCCGCUUCCUCCAACCUCCCGGGGCCAAAGAAGAAGAAAAACGGCACACGGCACUCUUCACACAGGGCGGGCGCGCCACAGGCACUGUUGCUGAUAAGUCGAAUCUGAUGGGUCACGCAAGAUCCUCGAGGCAGCUCUGUGACAGGUCUUCAUUUUCGUUUCUUGAAUCGAACCAAGUAGGCUUGGAACCAAGCAAGUUGGUGAGGGUAGCGAGGUGGGUGACUGUGGCCUAAUGGGUGACGGAACACGAAGGCGAUAAUGAAGAAGAGGGAAUUUGGUGUUUUUGGUUUUUUGAACUGAUUGUUGUGUGUGAAACGUAUUCGCUCCGGAACUUAUCAAUCUGAAUCUGUUGAAGAUGUUCUAACGCAUAAAUCUUCAAUAUUACAAUGCUAAGGCUAGCGUUGCCAGUUGAAUCCAUUUUUUAAUUUUUAAACUUUUCGUUUAUUGCUUUGCAUUCUCUCCACACCGUGAAAAUACCUGGAAACUAGUUUCCAAUUAGCUAGAACUUCAUUCCCAAAUUCGUUCCAAGCCAGUAGCCAUCUUUGAAAAAUAGCAUAAACCUUCUUGAAAAUGAUACAUUGUACCCCGUCUCGUUAGUGACUAGACUUCAGAAGAAAUUCGACAAAAAAAGGAAUAAAUAAUAAACUAUUCGAGCGAUUUUUCCAUUAAUCAUUUCACAUUGCGAUCCUUCUUCAUCAUCGCCGGUGACGUCCGGCACCCGUUUUGCCAGGACGUUAUCGGAAAAAGAAAAAAUGAAAGCGCUGAGUUCUGCAUGCUAUCCCCAGCCGCUUGCUCCUCCGGUCAGCUAAUUAUUACAGUUUAUUGAAUUAUUUAUUCAUCGCCCGUGUACUGUGUUUCCACUUAUUGUGUUUUUUUUUUCUUUCGUAUCUCCCUUUUCUGUAGCCACUUUCGCUACCUCCUCCUCCCCAGGGCAUAUACAAACUCAUUGGGUGUCAGUUAUCGUUAUCGCGAUCACCUCUCGUACCACUCGUCGACACUCGUUCGUUCGCUCGCUCGUUGGUUAGAAGACUGUCAGUGAUUUGAAACAUUUCAGUCGACACGCGAGUGGUGAAAUAUUUCUCCUAGAAGCGCCGCCUGAAAGAUAAAGGUAAGGUGGCAAAUUUAAACAGAAAAAUCAUACAUACGUCCAAGGCAGUUUUAAAGGAAAGUUUUAUAGAAGCAACAUAAAAAAUAUUAACUCAUGCUCCCUCCCCCCGGCUGGUGAAGGUAAAUCAAAUUUGCCAUCCUCUCCCUUCGCGCGUGGAAUACUAUUAAAUGAAAAGAAGUUUUUAAAACAAAGCAGAAAGUUUUUCGUUGUAAGUUAAUUAAUCCCGCUCUGUUUAAAAUCUGUACAAUAGUAGAGAAAAACAAACAAACAAAAUAUAUAUCUAACAUUUAGGCGUCUCUUUUUCAAGACAACUAGUAAGUAAGCUAAGAGAAACCAAUAAAACGAACAAAAGCAGAUUGUUAAAAGUUAUGCGAAAAUCGUACAUUAGUGAAUGAGAUAAUAAUAGUAGGGAACGUAAGAUGAAUGAAAAAAAUUGCAAAACAUUGAAAAAUCUAGUCUUCACCCUAGUCUAGUAAGCACUGUUUCGAGACAGAAAAGCAAACAAAACCAGGGGCAGUAGGCGUUUCCCGAGAGACGAAAUAAAAUAAAAAAAAAACACAAGUAAACCAACCGCACUCCCCAUGUAUGCCUAGUUUCCUUUUAGUGUGUAAGCUGUAAUCAAAACAUACUGUAAGCAAAAGUUCUAUCAUAUUCUAGUCCUGUCGACUUUUACUAGGUGCCGAGAGCCAUUCGAUUGCUGUAUUUACAGGCUCCCUUCGACCGCUUUUCCGCUAAACUUUGAGUAUUUUAGUCUAAACACUUCUAGGUUCUAGCAAAGGAUUGAUCGGAUCUUUCUAUAAAGUAUUUCAAAACAAAACAAAACAUGUAAAGCUCAUUAAGGCUUUUUAAUUACUCCUAACAGAGUCUCAGUCUGAACACAAAUCGCACCUUUUCCAGAAAAAAUCUUCGAAAAUUAGAAACAAAUUGCUAUUUGUACGGCGACUUUCCGUUUGAAGAAACAACGAAUCAAGCAACGAAUAUUUCCGAUCCAUUUAUUUAGGCGUUCUAAAUUUUGAAAAGAAAUUCGAAGCAAUAAGCGAAACCUUUCUUCUUAGUUCUGCUCGGAGUUAUCUCAGCGUUUUUCGGUAACAAGUUGACAACAACUAGGAAGUAAGAAGAAGAAAAAAAAACACUGUUCAAAAGAAGCAACGAAGGUUCUGAACGAAAAGCAACGUUUCCCAAACAACGAAAUAGGAUGUAAGUAAAACAAUUGUUAUUUUUAAGUUAGAUUUUUCGGACGGAAUAGCGACAACUACUGAUUGCUACCGUUCUGUUACUUUCUGUAAAUAGGACACUAGGAGCGAGUGUGAUUUUUCCAAACAACAAAUGUAAAAUAUGACACAAAAAUGACACGUCCAGCAGCCAUUUUGACGUCAACGCUUAAGAAGACCGCAAAAGCAGUUUCUGUUUUGAUUUUGUUUGUGUUAUUGUACAAAUCUAGAACAGGUAACGAAACUACAGAAACAGCUAGGAAAUCAAAAACAAUAUACUCGAGCUACUAGGAAAAAAAGAAAAUAGACGAAGAGAAACUGUUCUUUUGUGGCCUUAUUUCUUGUUGACGUCGUUUAUUUCGUAGUAAUUUGCGGAGAAGAAAUAAAAACAGAAUCUCACGUGAUGCGAGUGCCAUCUAGCAGUCAAGGGCCAUCAAUCGAAAGGGGAACUAUAUAUUUUGACAUCAAUUUUACCUUGUUAAUUUAACUACUGUUACAAAGAGAAACAAAAUUACCAUACUGUUUUAGUGAAUAUAUUACGCUAAACAAAAUUUCGAACAGUGAAACGAGGAUCAGGUUUUGACGUUUGCAAAAUCGCUUAGGCCUUAGACUGAUGUUCAAUCCAGGUUUGAAUAUUUGAUCCGAACAAUUUUUGACGACCGGGUGCUUUCUUAAUAUGCAGCACACUCGUAUUAUUUAAAUAUUAUAUGACGAGCUAAGGAAUUGUAUAAAACCACUAAACGUUUAAUUUGCACCAUAGUCUUUGUUCUAAUCGAAGACGUGUAAAGAGUGUAGCCAGAAGUACCUAUCAAACCGAAUCAAACGAACUAAGUAAAUACUCAAAAUUUUGUUGCUGUAAGUAGAAGAGUAAUUGAAGUUGAAUCCAUUUGAAGUUUACAAACAUAGUUUGGUUUGUCAGGGCAGCCAAAAAAAAAACAUUGUUCAAUGGCCGGAACACCAGUUUUAGUUAUUUUAUUUUGCGUGACUCUCAUACAUUGUAGACUCUAAUUUGCACCAGUUUUCAAAUUGCAAAUGCAAAAGUAUAUUGACGUACCGCGACUUAGGUGAAUUACCCCUUAAACAGAUAAAACCCAAAUCAUGGACAUUGGACACAAGAGCUAUUCAUGAAUUGAAUACAACUUUAGGUCACGUAUUCGUUAAUCCUAGAAAAAAUCGUGUAAAUAUCCAUUUUCUGAGACCGACACAACUCAACAAUGAUCCAUUUUUACAAUUGAUCUAACGCAUAUUCAAUGAAUUCUGACAUAUUUGAAGAUUCUAAAAAAUGUAAGUUUAUAUGACAAAGUGAAUCGUAUGUGGAAUGGAGUCACAUGAAAAUUUCGUCAUGUUUGUAACGCUUCAAUUAGCGGAUGAAAGUGAUAACACGGAAACAACGUGCAUUAGCUCAUAAACAAAAUACCGGGCUACAUUUUUUUAUCACUUAGGACAUUUGUGCAUGAAUCUAUUUCCGUAGACCCUCAAUGAACAUAACUUAAAAAUGAGUGACACGCCACUAAAUUUAUUAAAAAGUGCACGUAGUAUUAUGGUAAUGUUUACUCAAAAUAGGUUAGAUUAUCUUUCAAAAUUUGAGUAAGUUCAAAUCAAAAUCUCAAAAUCAAAUAGAAGUCACUGGUCUUCAAAAUAGGAAACGCAAAAAAGUUGUUAAAAUCGUUCAAUUUUGACAGUUUGGAGCCAAAAUUGCACGACAAUGAUACCCUUAUGUUGGAUCUCUCACUGAAAAUUUCUCACCUAUCAUAAUUGAAGUCGCAAAAUUACUGUAAAAAUCAGCAAUGAUUGAUGAUUUUAAUAGUUAUAAAAACCAGAAUCAAGAAACGGCAAUGAAAGACGGUUCUAUCUUUUUAAAUUCCAUAAGAAAGUUCCGAGAAUGAAAACGCAUUUAACAGUACAGUACCAGUGAAGUAUUGUUUUAACUUAAAUGUUCGCAUACUCAACGCUCACUCCAGUGUAUGAUUAAAUGGGAGAGAACUCCUUCGAUGAUGGCCCGAUCGAUACCACCACAAACGAACCUAUAUUGUGCGCAAUUUGUUUAGUAAUCGGGCUGAUAAUCGGACCGAUGUGGCUCGACAAAAUUCACUGGGUGGUGUUGUCAUCGGAGAUGCAAGAUUAUUUUAAAGAGAAUCUGUAAUUUCAAACAUAAAAUAUCUGUGUUUGACUGUGUUCACUGAUUAAUCGAAAUUCUCGUUGUUAAACAGUGUCAAAAUUCAAUGAGAAUUUUUUAUGUACAUUCCUUACUUUGUUUAUCAUGGCUUGACCAGCAAACCGGAUAUUCGCUUUCAAUGCAUAUACUUAACAGAUAUUACAGUCCGUUGCCCUACAUCUGCCCUAUAUGCACAUGAAAAUCAUACAUGAGACUUGGUGGUAACAGGGUAGGAUUUCAGUUGUCAAUCUAUAACUUGAUCGAAAUGUACCUUAGUGAUGCUACAACCAGAACUAGACAUUGUUAUAAUUCCAAUUGAAUUGUCAAAUGUGGUUCCAAUCUACGUGUUUACAUUUGCCUUGUUGCCCAUUGUUCACCAACAGCGGGGAGUAUUGAGUAAAACUGAUGAAUGAAUACACAUCAUUUCUUGUUACAAGAGUGAUAUUUUACGAACAAAUAAACCAGCACAUUGAAAAAAUCUUUCGCACACAAAUACAAAUGCCAGAAUUUUAGUAAUGUUUAUCUCGUUGGAAGAUAUACGAUUUUUCUCUCUGCUGAUCUCUGGUUGUCAGGGUUUGUAUUGUGAAUCCUCAAACGAACGAAGCAACAAAAAAAAACAAAAAACUUUGCUUGACAUAGCUGAAGGAGAGACCUAUAUUAGAGAGAAACUGGAUGCGUGAGAGUAUAUGCUACUGAGCAGACCAAUUCCCCUUGCCAAGUAAAUUGUCUGUGCUCUCAGUCUCAGUUAAACAUGAACUAAGCAAUCCAUGGCAAUGUAAUGAAAUGAAGGGUUCGCUCUCGUUAGUAUUGUACGAGAAAGAAGACCUUGCCUCACGGCGUGCUACAAGACGCGAAGCAAAGUCAUAUAGGCAAUAUUUACGGUUUAUUUUUGAAGUGUAGGUUUACAGAAAUCAUUUUUAACAUAAUGGUCGCAUUCCAAGACCAAAUUUGAUCACAUUUCAAACAUACUUUAAACAUUUUAUAGCAGAAAUUUUGCAUUUGAGCCCAUUUUCAAAACGAUCGAUUUGUUUCUUGGCAAUUUACACUGUGUAUAUAUCCUAGAAACACUAAAAGCAAUGUUCUUUAAAUUAAUAUUCAUCGGAACUAAAAUUUAUGAAUCUAGUUUCCUCAUAGGCAUCUACAAUAUGAGAACCAUUCAUCAAAUUCUAACCUCAUGAAGCAUAGGUCUCAGCAAGCGGGCAUAUUCAUGAACUAAUGAACGAACGAAGCAGCUCUCCUUGCUUGGGUUGCGCUGUGAAUUCUACCUGACAUACGAAUGUGUGUGAAUAGCACAGAUAGUGAAACCCUUUUGUUAACAUUCGUUGCUUCAAUUUGCAAGCCCUGCUGGUUGUAGGAGCACUUAUGUAGGUACCUCACUGUAUGACCAAAUUUCAUAAUUUGUUGGCUUACAUGAGUAUCCAUCAAGGGGCAAAUGCUUUCUGAUAUAACAGUUCGGCUGAAUUCGUAUCGUUUAAUAGAAACACACAUUUUUUUGCCAAAAUUCGUUUUUAUUAUUCAACAUAAUUGCCAUCAGAGGCGAUACAGCGAUUAUAGCGAUCUUCCAACUUUUCAAUACCAUUUUUGUAGUACGAUUUGUCCUUUGCCUCAAAAUAGGUCUCAAUUUCAGCGAUUACCUUUCAUUGCUUCUAAACUUUCUACCAGCGAGCAUUCUCUUGCGGUCUGAGAACAGAAAAAGUCACUGGGGCCAAAUCUGAAGAAUACGGUGGAUGAAGGAGAAAUUCGAAGCCCAAUUCGUUCAAUUUCAGCAUGGUUUUCAUCGACCUGUGACACGGUGCAUUGUCUUGAUGAAACAAAAUUUUUUUGUUCUUCAAAUGAGGCCGUUUUUUUACAUUUCGUCCUUCAAACGCUCUAAUAACGCUAUAUAAUAGUCACUGUUGAUUGUUUUUCCCCUUUCAAGGUAGUCGAUGAAAAUUAUACCAUGCGAAUCCCAAAAUACAGACGCCAUAACCUUACCGGCCGAUUGUUGAGUCUUUCCACGCUUUGGGUUCGGUUCAUCGCGUGCAGUCCACUCAGCUGACUGUCGAUUGGACUCCGGAGUGAAGUGAUGGAGCCAUGUCUCGUCCAUUGUUAUAUAUCGACGAAAAAAAUCGAAAAAAAAUUUCAUCAACACACGAAAUUCCUUUUUUCCAUUUUUUUUUUCAUAAUAACAAAAGUAGCUUCACUCAAAAUGCAAUAUCUCACAAACUAAUAAUCAGACAGCUGUCAAAUUUAUACACGUAUCUUUUGAAGGUUGGUACUAACUGGAAAUAGUAUGGAUUUAAUUCUAGUGGCGCCCUCUCAUAGAAACGAUACGAACUUUUCAGCGGAUCUGUUAUUCAAUUCAAGCACAAAAUUCAUCGAACUACGAUUCACUCUUAGUUGCGUGUAUAACCCAUUGUUACCCAUUGGCGCUGAAUUUAAAAUGUGACAAUCGAAAUUAAUCGUCGCUUCUAAGAAGUUAAUAAGAUUCUUCUAAAACCAUCUCUCGAACUAUUUUAACUUUUAGCUAAAAUUUGAUAAUCGAGCAGUUAUUCUUUAUCGAGUAGGUAAAUGAAACUACUCACAUUAUCAGAUCCGAAUGGAUUCCGAAUCAAUUCCGAAUCGGCGAGAAAUUUUCAUUCGGAAUUUCAUGUGGAAAUAAUAAUGGAUUCCGAAUCAAUUCCAACUCCAGUGCAACAACCGAUUCCGAAUGAACCGGUUCGCCUACAACCGGUUGAUUCGGAAAUCAUUCGGAAUUGAGUGCGGACUGAAUUGUCAAUUCGUUUUCUUCUUCUUCUUUCCUGAUUUUGCACGUUUUCGUGCUGAUUUUCAGUUUAUUUUUAAACGAAAACAUUAUAUAACUGAAUAUAAAAUUUUAAAUCUUCAUGUUUUUCGGAUAUACAGAACUAGUAAAUAACCAGUUAUUCUUAGAAUCCGAACAUAAACUAUUGAAAUUCGCUGGAAAUUAACAAAACGGCCUACCUUAGUCAGCAUCAUCCAUUCCUCUAGCUGGAGUGUAGUGGAAUGGCUUAAGUCGCUUAAAUUUCACACUAACACAUUCAUAAAAUGAGCGAAUAUUCAAUGACAUUUAUAAUGUCACUGUCAAUCAGGUUGAUCGAGCAGCCAACUCAGGCGAAAAUUCUAGCACUGAACUGAUCGAGCACUAAAAAAUCAUACAGUCGAGUAAGAAUUCAUUGCUCAUUCCGUCAUUUCGAUGAUGUGGGUAAAACUGCGGCCCAUUUCUUGGCUUGACGGAUGGGAAGUUAUUCGCACUGAAAAAAAAAUGAUAACCAGUGACAAUAAUUAUGACAAUGCAGAGAACAUAAGAAAAUAUUCGAAGAAAAAUCUUACUUCGUUUGACAAUGAAUUGAAACUUCUUAUUAAGAUAUUUUCGUGGAAAGUACAAAAUGAAAUUAUGCAGAUGUUUUUUUGACGACCUGAAUUUAGAAUUUUCUUGCAAGAUUUUUUUCAAUGUCGUAACUAAAUACUGAACUGACAUAAACAACCAUGCUUUCGAGCAGGGUAAUUUUUCGACAACGAAAAAUAACUGCUAAACUGUUAAAUUGAAAACUAUACUUCAAACAUUUAAAAUUAAUAUUCAAUGCCUUCCAUUCAAAGCCUGACUCAUCUAAAAUAUUUAUGCAAGAAAAACUCGAUUAUUUGCUGCAGCCAUCAAGCGCUCCAAUAACGCUAUAUAAUAUUCACUGUUUAUGGUAUUUCCUUUAUCAAGAGUCGAUAAAUAUUACACCACGUGCAUCCCAAAAUACCGAAGCUUUAACCUUUGCAGCCGAUUGUUGUGCUUUGGACGAGGUUCACCAGUUGCGGUCCAUUCAGAUUACGAUCGUUUUGAUUACGAAGUGAAAUGAGGGAUCCAUGUUUCAUCCAUUGUCACAUAUCGACACAAAAAAUCCGGUUUGUUAUGUUUAAACAUGGCCAAAAACUGAACAGAAUCAUUAACACGUUUUCGUUUUUGGUCAACAGUGUGCUCCCACUUUGAACGGAGCUUUUUCAUAAACAAAUGGUCAUGCAAUAUAAAACCAACAUGUUCUUUUGAUAUCUUUACGAUGUCAGCUAACUCACGCAAAUUCACUUUUCGAUCAUCAAAAACAUUUUUUUUUUAAAGUUUUCUGGUGUUACCGCCUUAUUUGUUCUGAAAAUGACAACAGUAGCGUCAUUCUUCGCACAAUAACUCACAAACUAAUGACCAAUCAUCAAUCACCAUGCAAUUUUAACAGCUGUUCUUUAAAGGUUAUCAUUAACUGAAGAAAGGUAACUGCAAUAAAACUAGCGCCAUCUAUGUGUUAGGCUCGGGACUUUUCAGCCCAUGUGUUACUCACCGUUUGGUAUGAGCAGCAAGGCUGUAGUAAAUAUGCAAGUUGACAGUUCAAUUGGAAUAAACAAUGUCUUCGCUGAUCUCUGGUUAUAGAAUCACUAACCGAGAUACGCUCUGCAAAAGCUGUUAUAACGAAACGUUUUUGGAACAAAUUUUAACAAAUUUUGUUUUUGGAAAAAGUAUCCAAUAAUGGAAGAAAGAGUUUUUGAUUUGGGUUGGCAGCACAAAUAGAUCUAUACCAUGAUUUGAAAGUCAGGAGAAAAUAAUUAACAUGUUUUCAAAAUAGAAUUUGUUUGCUAAGCUCGGAUACUCUUUUGAAAAAAUUAUUACUAACUUGAAAAAGUGAGAAAUGAAUAUAUUCGUUUAAAGUUUAACAAACAAGUUUCGAUUUUUGUUCGAUUAUUACUUGCUAUUAUAAUUGCAUUAUAAUCGUAAGAAAUAUUCAUUAGAAACCGCGAAAUGACGUCAAUAUUCUAUUAAAACUACUAACGGCCUGCAACGCCCUUGACAACGACUAGAUGGCAUUCGCGUUACGAGUACAUUAGUACAUUAGGCUACACUGAAAAGCAGAAAAAAAACACAACGCCAGUAAUACGCUUUUUUAGAUGUUGAUUCAGUAUGACGUUCAUGACAUCUUCAAGCCAACGGCGGUCUAAAUUCGACGGCCAGAAAAUGUAAAGUUAGCGCAAAUUAUGAACCAGAGGUACUAGAUCUCGUAGAGCGUUAGGAGAAUCUAUACUAAACACACAUCGGAAGAUUUGUUCUUUUUCCGUUCAUUUCUUUCCAAUUCACCAAACAAACCCUGUAAAUAGUCGUGACCCAAUCAUCGCUUGGUGAAAAUUAAUUUGUCAGAUCAAUCUUCUUCGUUUAACGAUCCCGUAAACAAAAAAAAACUUUUUCGCCGGCACAUUUUCGGGUUUAUUGAAAAUGAUUACUUUGUCCCAAAGAGCUAGUCAAAGGGAUCCGGAUAACGAAUUGUCUUCCGGUGACCGGUGUUUCCCUUUCGUUUUUAUUUUUUUUUGUUUUACUGUUUUGGGUUGACAGGUGUCAACGUUCAGCCUGGCCACCGGGAGAACAAAAAGAAUAGUAUUCGAAGGGUUAUUUGAAAGUUUACCGAAAGCAGACACCGCCUGCCUGCCUAUGAAGUGGUGAAAUAUAAAUUGACAUUUGUGAAAUGAUUUCUAGAGGUUUGAGUUGUAGAUAUAAACCGUUUUCUUUCCUUUUUAAAUCGUAUUCCUUUUCCCCUGAAAGCAAUCGGAUACUGAUGUUGGACGGAUGUGGGUAUCACGUGCAAUAGGAUUUGAUGGGUAAGGACAAGCGAUGAGAUUCAAGACUCGAAGCAAAGUCCUGCCCACACCCCAUCGAAGUAUACAAAAGUGUGUGGAUUUCAUUUUGCUAGCGCAGUAGGCUAAGUUCGGCGCAUUGUAUGAUAGUCAAUUCUAGUUUCGUUUCCUCGGAUACGGGAGAUCCCUACUGAUGUCCCCCGGAACGGUCAUUUCCGCAAGGCCUGACAGGGGGGACGGUGAUUGUCAAUUCUAAUUUAUACUCUCAUAAAUGGCAAAAAUGCAAUUAGUUAUCCAUCCAACAAAAAUGGGAAAACCAGAGAGCUUUAGUCCAUAAUAAUCGAACAGUUAGCAAACUUUAGUAUAUAAAUCUUUACUCGAACCACUUAUACAUACAUGUACUCGACUAUAUUUACGGUAAGCCCCCCUUGUUAAUUAUUACCCCAUUUCUCAGCAGUAGAGUUAACUACGGAACCUCCGGCGAAGGGGAAACAUUGUCCGACAUUGUUCGCAAAGCCCUGCCGGGAGUUCCGAUCCUUUCUUCUCCUUCUCAGCAAACCCAAUUGGUCGGCAAAGGCAAUUUGCCAGCACGAUUGCAAAAAAUAAAAAUAAACAAGGAGUGUGAUCUAGUCAUGUUAAGCAGAGAAACCUAAGGACAGGCGCGACGAGGCUUUCUAAAUGAUCUCAUUACAUAUAAGGAAAUCCCCUCUUUCUCAGGAUCGCUAGGGUUCAAAACAUUAGGACGUCCGUAAGACCAUUAUUGUACAUAAAGCCGAGGGAAUGUCCCAUACAGUAGAACUAAAACCAAAAAUUAGUGCGACUAAGAAGACUAUAGCGAAGAAGUUACAAUAAAGCAACAUUUACUCUACUCUAAGCCGGUAGUGCAGUUUUUGAGUUGAUUUUGUACUCCACUCCACUUGGGCUCGAAACAACUCUCUUGUAAGUAGUUCACAAUUUAUCAGGCGUAGCAAAAUAUACUAAAUGAGUAAAAACAAGCAGCAAACCAGUAACUUUGAAAGUAGGUUUUUGCAGCCCCCUUCCCCCCUCCCCAAACCCCCCCCCCCCCUAAACUCAACCUAAGUAGGACCGAUUUAAGACUAUUUAAUCAUUUAUUUAUUUAACUUAUUUAAAAUGUUUCACGCAAAGCUAAGUCAACAUUCUAGCCAGUACUGAAAACAUAUACUCAUACAUUUGAAAAUUUUCUUUGAACAUACAAGAAAAAAAAAGAAAUGAAAAUGAUAAACAAUACAACUAGCAAUUAGUCGAAAAAAGAGCAAAAAACAAGGAGAGCAAUUGUACAUAAGCAAUAUUAUAACGGAAAAAGAGAUAAAUAUUACAAGUUUUAAAUCAAACAGAAGCAACAAUUAUUACUUUUAAACGAAAGGAAACAACCAAUACUCAAAAUACAACAAGCAGUAGCAGAACGUAUAGUAGUGAGCAAUAUAUUUAAUCUUAGCAAACAAAAAAAAAACAACAAACAAAAGUAUUUUUAUAACGACAGAAAAUUGAAAAAUCCCAACACAGAAUGAAACAAGUAAGAAAAACAAACCCGCUUUGUCGUUUGUAGUAGUUUCCCCCCCAUUAUUGAAGCUAAGUCGCUGAGUAACAAAAACAAAAAGGAAAACAACCGAACCGGACGUUGGAAAGAUGAAUCAAGCAACAACAAAAAAAAAUUAAGGGAAUGGAAACAAAAUGGCAAAGCGUACACAUUGAUCGAUUGAAUCAACGACAUUAUACAGUAAACAGGAGCAUUGCUAUUAUUUUAGACAGUCGCAAACAAAAAAAAACAAAACAAAAAAUACAUGAAACAUUCAGAAGAAGAAAAACUAUUAUUAUUAUAUUAUAAUUAUUACUAUUAUUAUUGAUUGAUUGAUUGAUUGAGAAGAAAAAAAACAAAGAAAACGAAUGAAAUAUAGAGAACAAAAAAAAAACAUUUGAAAAGUUUAUAAAGCAAAACUGAGUUCGUUUUUUUCUUUCCUACCUUGGUUUAGUCUGUCUCUAAACUUUCGUUCGAACUGUCCCUUGGUUGAAGCUGAAUGUCGGCUUUCUGUUCUUCAAUCUGUUUCGAGAAAUUCACCUCGUUUAAACUUUCGGCCUGAAUUCCGGUAAGUAGACAAAUGUACCAUCCGACCUCCGGUUUUGGAUUACGUUUUACAAAAUUAAGCUUACCCAAAAAAUUUUCGAUUAUUUUUUUUCCAUUCAUGCUAUCAUGCAACAAAGUUGUUAGAGUUCGUUUGUGAGUGUGUGUGCAUUGCGACUGCUUAGUAUUGCUUUGAAAAAAAAAACGAGUUGAAUUUCUAGUUCUAUUUCCUGUUGACUUGUUUCUAUUUACACCUAGUUUUAGUAUGUUUGCAUUAGUUUAUUACUUUAUUUGCGAAACUUGCGAUUGAAAAUCGGUAGAAUGUUCCUAAAGAGCAGUCAGCUCUAAAGCCAGAUGAAUGUUCUGGUGCUUUCAGUCGGUAGCGAUAAGUAAAAUCAAAAGCAAUUUUGAAGAUUUAUAAAAAACAGUAAUUGCUAACUAAUAAAUAGGCACUUUUAGUAGCGGUACAUUUGUAACAGUUCUACACACACUCACACAAACUUACACAAAAUAAACACUCGCCAGUUUUCGCUUGUCAUCCUGCUUGGCUCUUAUUUUGUUUUGCACUUUAUCUCCUAGAUGAAAAAAACCUAUAUUCUACUUCUUUUGUCUAACAAGAACCCAAAAAAAUACACGCAGAAAUUUUAUUGGCACAUUGUUGCAAAACUAAAUUACCGGUAGCGAAAUCUGCCAAUGAAAAAUGGAACCAAGAAAAUUUUUAUAUCGGCAGUAGUGAUUUGCAUGGAUUUUUGGUUUAAUCAAUAUUUCAAAUAGAUAUCAGCAUUAAAAGUAAACUCAGAAUAGAAGAAAAGCUGCUUCAAAGUUAUUAAUACAACUUUUUUCAGUGUAAACUACGAAUAAACAUGGAAAUAGAAAUGUGUGAAAUUGGGUUGGGUUAGGUGUGAAAUUGGGUUGGGUUUCGGACCAACAUUUUUUUAAAACCGAAACCAGUUUAAUGUAUAGCGAUCGAGUACCAUUUAUUUUGGAUACUUUAUUUGUUUUUUUCGGGUAUUAGAAAAAUGGUAUUAAACCAAGGAUGGCUUUUAUCGUAUCAAAGAACGUUCACUGGCAACUCUUCACGAUUGAGUCAGUGCCAUCAAAGAGAAACGGAAAUCAUCGCAAAAACAAAAACCUGGCAUGGCUCAUUUAACAUAGAAUCGACACCAGUGCGAGAGCGAAUUUCUCUCGAUGACUUUUCUGAGAAUCAAAGGUUAGCACGCUGCUGUGGAGAUCCUCUCUGAAGCAACAAACGGUCGCUUAUUCAUUAGAAUCAUUUUACUAUUGCCGCUUACUCUAACUAUGUGCAUAUAACCUUUGUAUAAGUUGUGUCUAUGAAAAUGUCUGUGAAUGCUCCACACAAGGGUUUUGAAAUGAGAAUCAUCAAGUUGAAUCAUCGAUUCGAAUUUCUGCGAUAAUUGUCAACUUGCGAUUCUCUUUUGGGAAAUUUCACACAGCAACGAUCAUUAUCAGACUGUAAUUUUUUUUCAAGGGCGUGAAAUACUCAGAGUAUGAAGUGGAGCGAAGAAAUGUAGCAAAAUUCUUUCAAGGUUCAUGCAUUGAGAGACUCGAGUUCUUGUAGCAUCUUCUACCGGAUUGAAAAUGCUGUAUACAAUAUAGAUAGCAAUAUAACAGCUUCUGUCAAAUUUUCGGCAAUCACCAACACUGUAUUAAACUAAGUAUAAGGUUCCAUUCUAAAAAACCGUUAGUUUUUGCACAAUAAAUUAAAAUCAACAUUAGCCCGUCAGAGUAAAAUUUUUUUUCUUCCACCUCUACUAUGAUUUUUCAAAUGAAUUUGCCAGUUUUUAUAACGAAUCCUCAAAAAGGGAAAGUGAUUAAAAAAUUUUCAACCGAUUUGACAGUUCUUGCUGAAAGUAUCAUCUCUUAACAAGCAGCGCCUCUACAUUUCAUUUUAGCGUCCAUGUGCCAAUUGAUGCACCCACAAAACAAGAUAUUAUCAUUGAUUACAUUGCGAUUAGUUGUUGAGGGAUUGUGUAUUGUGGUUUUCAGCGGGACAUAGAAUGCGACAGAAUCGCGGCAGAAUAGCGAGUUAAUGAGUGUCAGAAUCACAGUUUGCCAGGUUGCAGAUUUGCAUGUAAAUUUGUCGAUUUCUUUUGUAAGCAGACUCUGCAAUGUUUACAGGUUUUUGAAACUUUUAUUUACAACCGUCAAAUUUACAGACUUUUAAAAU